AUGUGCCCCUUCCCGCUUGUUGUCUGCGUAGAGAUGUCGGUGAUGAUUGAGACCUCGCUCGGGGAGGUGGUGGUGGAUCUGUUCUGCGAAGACGCCCCGCUCGCAGCAAAGAACUUCCUCAAGCUCUGCAAGAUCAAGUACUACAAUGGCUGCCUUUUCUACAACGUACAGCAAAACUUCAUGAUACAGGCGGGGGAUCCCACCGCUACGGGCAAAGGUGGCACGUCGGUGUACGGCCUCAUGUACGGCGAGCAAGCCCGAUUUUUCGAGGACGAAAUCAGCGCUACGAGCCGCAAGCACGACGAGGCCGGCCUGUUGUCGAUGGCCAACAUGGGGGUGCCCAACUCGAACGGCUCUCAGUUUUUUUUCUCCAUGCGCGGCGAUGACAUGCAACACCUCGACGGCAAGCACACCGUGUUCGCCAAGGUGAUGGAGGGGAUGGAAACCCUGGAGGAGAUAAACGGGCAGUUCUGCGACGACAACGGGAGGCCGUACCGCGACAUUCGCAUCCUGCACACAUACGUCCUGGACGACCCGUUCGACGACCCGCCUCAGCUUGUGGUUCCCGAUGAGUCCCCUUUGCGCGACCGACCUGAGGAGGAAAAAGUGGCGCUGCGCCUGGGAGCGCUGGACAAGGUGUCCUUGGAGGCCGACGAGAGGACGGAGCUCGAGAGGGAGAAGCAGCUGAGAGAAAAGACGGCGAGGUCUAACGCUGUGGUCCUGGAGAUGAUCGGAGAUCUCCCCGAUGCGGACAUGAAGCCGCCGGAGAACGUUCUGUUCGUGUGCAAGCUCAACCCGGUCACCACUGACGACGACUUGGAGAUUAUCUUCACCAGGUUCGGGACCUGCCGGGCCGAGAUCUGCCGGGAUCACAUCACUGGCGACAGCCUUAACUACGCAUUCGUGGAGUUCGAGGCUAUAGAGUCAUGCGAGGAGGCGUUCAAGAAGAUGAACAACGUGCUCAUCGACGAUCGGCGCAUCCGGGUAGACUUCAGCCAGUCUGUUGCCAAAGAGUGGUCGAAGUACAAGGGCAGGGCCCAGGGGGGCCAGAAGCUGGCUAGCGGAAAGGGGGGCAAGCCAGCACAGCAGCCACAGCAGAACAACACCCAACGAGACGGCCACGCCUCGGGUGGCGGGCACGGCGCUGCGGGUCAACACCGCAAAAGCAAAUGGGGGAACGCCCCCGUUAGCGGGGGGGUGGCACAUGUGGUCGGGAAACCGCCCUCGGAGAACAGGCGGGGAGGAGAUGCCACCUCGCACCGUCAGGACGGAGGGCGAAACCGCGAAGGGCAAUCGGCCGCCUCUGGGCGGGGCAAUAACGAGACGGUCGGGGGUGGCGGACACGGUCGUCGACGGGAAGAGGACCGCCGGGGUGGCAGAGGAGACAGGCGCGACGGCCGCAGCGACGGAAGACGCGGAGAUGGCCGAAGGAAGGAUGACGGGGGCGACAGGAGGCACGGCGGUGACGACGGCGGGGGGCGGCGCUCUCGCGACGAUGAGAGCGAGCGCAGAGAGAGGAGGGACGAAGCCUCGAGGGGAGGGGACGGGAGACACGGUGGGAGUCGGCACAGCAGAGCCAGAGGUGGGGAGGAUCGAAGGGCGGAAGACGAAGGUCGCAACGGCGGCGGCCACAGCAAGAACGACGAUCGUGGUCACCGAGAUGACAGCCACCGCGGCAGUAGAGAACGCGGCCACGGGGGGGGCGACGACCGCUCUAAACGACACGACCGUAGCAGGAGCAGGAGUCGCGAAAAGCAUCGUCGGAGGGGUGGGAGUCGGGAUAGGAGAUCGAAGCGGUAG